ACAAGGUGCUUCAUGUCACGCUGGAACUAAAAACUUUAGGAACAACAAAAAUGGACAUUAUUAACACAGUUACUCAGAUAGAUGGAGACCCACAACAGAAGAGAAGUGACGAUGUAAAGUCAACGUCAAGUUCAAAGAUUGUUUGUGGAGGAUGUCGAAAGAAACUCCAGAGAUUGUUACCAGUCAGAUACAAAGAAGAAAUUUUAGAGCAAGUAAAACUGGGUGGACCUGUGUUUAUCUCUCAGCUGAUGAUCUUUCUGAUCAGCUUCGUCAGCACUGUGUUUUGUGGACACUUGGGGAAAACUGAAUUAGCCGGUGUGGCUCUGGCUAUUGCUGUUAUCAAUGUGACAGGCAUCUCCAUCGGCUCUGGACUGGCGUCUGCAUGUGAUACCCUCAUCUCUCAGACGUUUGGCAGUAAUAAUCUGAAGCGGGUGGGUGUGAUACUGCAGAGAGGGAUUCUCAUCCUCCUGCUGGCCUGUUUCCCCUGCUGGGCGCUGCUCAUCAACACAGAGCCCAUCCUGCUGGCUGUCCGACAGAGUCCCAGUGUGGCCAGGCUGUCACAACUCUAUGUCAAAAUAUUCAUGCCUGCUUUGCCUGCAGCUUUUAUUUAUCAGCUUCAAGGAAAGUAUCUUCAAAAUCAGGGUAUUAUCUGGCCUCAGGUUAUAACAGGAGCAGCAGGGAACAUCCUCAAUGCUUUAAUAAAUUACAUCUUCCUUCAUCUGCUUGACCUUGGUGUGGCAGGAUCUGCUGCUGCAAACACCAUUUCCCAGUAUUCCUUGGCUGUAUUCCUGUUUGUUUAUAUUCAGUGGAAGGGCCUGCAUAAAGCUACAUGGGAUGGCUGGUCUUGUGACUGCCUGCAAGAAUGGGGUCCAUUCAUUCACUUGGCUGUUCCCAGCAUGCUCAUGCUUUGUGUCCAAUGGUGGGCAUAUGAGAUUGGUGGAUUCCUGGCAGGACUCAUCAGUGAGGCUGAGCUGGGAGCCCAGUCGAUUGUAUAUCAGCUGGCCACUAUUGCAUUUAUGUUUCCAAUGGGAUUUGUGGUGGCAGCCAGUGUGAGAGUGGGAAAUGCUCUUGGAGCUGGAAACACAGAACAAGCCAAACUGUCUGGCAAAGUGUCUCUAAUCUGUGGAUUGCUUUCAUCCUGUGUAGUUGCGAGCUUUAUUGGAGGUACCUGUGAUAUUAUUGGAUACAUCUUUACCACAGAAGAAGAAAUAGUGCUCAGAGUAUCAACGGUCAUGAUCAUGUACAGCUUCUUUCAUAUAUGUGAUGCCAUUGCGGGCAUUACAGGUGGUAUUGUCAGAGGUGCUGGAAAACAGCUGAUUGGUUCUCUCUGUAUCAUUGUGGGAUAUUAUUUAGUGGGAUUCCCAACUGGAGUGUCUCUGAUGUUUGCACUCAGCAUGGGGAUAGUUGGUUUGUGGACUGGGUUUUUUGUAUCUGCCUUCACACAGUGUUUGUUUUUCAUCAUCCUCAUUUGCAAAAUGGACUGGGAAAAAGCAGCUCAAGAGGCUUUGAUCAGAGCGGGUGUUCAAGUCACUGAGACCAAAGAGGAAUCCUUUGGUUUGGAAAAUAAGGGUUGCACUGAAGCAGAAGCAGCACAGAAGUCCCAGCACACUGAAAAAGGCCAGACAGAUGCAAACACAGACCUGGAAGGACUCAGUAAAGGAGGAGGAGGAAUAUCUGGGGCUGGUGCAAAGACCACAGUUGGGGCGGUUUUGACCACCAAACAGCUCGUUGUUCGUCGAGGGCUUGCGGUUUUCUUCAUGCUGCUUAUAUUAGCUGGAGGAAUUGUGUUAAAUGAGGUGCUCAUUAGAUUUCUUAAAUAAUAAUAAUUAAUGUUUCUUCAUCAUUUAGCCAACAUUUUCAUGCUAUCUUUUUAUUGUUUGUUGUUGCUUUGAGUAUUGAGGUUACAAUUGGAAGAAACCAAUUUCUUGCAUUCCAGCUUAUCUUCAGCUCAUUUAAAAGAUGCUUUAUGAUCAACUUUUCUGAAGUUACUACUUGCUUUUACCAACCAGUCAUUCUUUGCACUUAAAAAAAAUUGU